AUGGAUCCGAACAAGUUCUUCCCGACACCGUUUCCCAUUCCGGUUUCGGAGGCCAGCCCAACCAACUCAAUGAGUCCCAUCGACUCAAAGUCAGCGCCCUCAAUUUCUUCCCUGCCGUCUCUCACAACUUCAGACUCAAACAGUCCUACAGCUAGCACACAUCCUCCGAAUCUCAAGUCACCCUCUACCUUAGAAGACACCCUCAAUAUGGAAGGUAACCGGAACUACCUACCACGUACGAUGGAGGAGUUGGAGAAACUAGGAUUCGCCCCCGUUUGGUCACGAGUAUAUGGAUACCCGGGAGGCCCGGGAGAAAUCCCCGAAGAGAUCAACGAGUAUCUUGAUGAUAAUAGCCACCAAUGGGACGAAUGGAUUGGACCACUGAGCAGCCUUUUUUGGUUGGCCGGACUCGAUGAGUUGGUUGAGACCAUUGCAGAUCCAGCGAUUGCGCUCCAAGACGAAGUGAGAAUGAUUCCCACAAAUGUCGGAGUCACCUGGGUCCUUGAGCAUUUGUUCCUCGAGAAGAAGCUUCCCGAACGCCUUUACAAUCGAUACUACCAUGGGAUCGAUGGCUACCCAGCAACAGAGUUGAGGGUAAUGCCAGUUCGACUGGACCAUAUCCCGUCCCAAGUUGGACACCAAUAUACUCAACAUAGGCUGAGUAAUCUGUUUCCUGCAUCACGGCCUCAGUCUCUUCCACAGGAAGUUGCUACUGUGCAAAUCAAGGGCGAUAAAAACAAAGCACGAUUGGCGACGAAGAUUGAAGAGCAUCUCCCUAAGAGCGAAAAUGGACAAUUUUUGUUCCGAGUUUGUACUCGGUCUGCCUUGGCUGCCAUUAUGGCAUUUUUCACCCCGAUUGUCAAUUCCAACAACAUGGAUAAUGAACUUGGUCCAGGGGUUUAUACCUCCAAUUGCCUCGAGUGGGUACUGAGGUUUGGCCCUCGAAACUGUGUUUUGUUGGUCUUUAAAAAUCCCGAUUUCAGGGAUUUGAACAUUUGGAACCCGCCAUUAUUGGAAUGGCAACAUAUUAUCGCAAGUUGGACGCGAAAGUCGCUUGCGAAUGUCCCAGAUUCAAUUCCGGCGGGCUGGAAGUCGGCAGACAUCAUCAAGGGGGCAAUAUCAAAGCCAGAGUCCCCGCAGAACGCACUCCCACUGCCCGGAACGAUCACGCAGACGGUUGCAACGAGCCCUGCGGGGUGUGCAGCACUCGCAGCCUCCCUUUUCCUCAUUGUUUGGAUUGAAUAG